CAUUUUAUACUCACCUUUUUCUGUUACUUUUGCUAGGUUUUGAUACCAAGGUUGUGCUGGUUCCUAAAAAGAACUGGGCAGAGUUCCUCUUCCUCUGCUCUGAUGUAGUUUAAAUAGCCUAAGAACUCUGUUCUUUGAAGAUCUGAAAGAAUUCACUCAUGAAACCAUCUGGGUCUGAUAUUGUUCAGCAACAAUAAGACAGCCACAAUCCUCAGCAAAAUGGUUCAGAACAAACAAAAACUCCUUUGUGUAAAUACAAUUGAAUGAAAGAGUCUGAGACACCAGUAAUGUCAAGAACUAAGAGCACCUGCUGUACUGAUGCUGGUUAUUUCCCCCCUACACAACAACUUUUUUUUCAUGGGCAAGGGAAAAUGCUGUAGGUAGGCUGAGGCUGUUAAGUAAAAUGUCUUGCUGUUCUUUCUCUUCCCUUCUCCAGUUAUGUUACAGAAGCAAGGGUAUUGCUUUUACAUGGGCAAGUUUUGUCUAUGCCCUGAAAGAAACCAAGAGUGAAACUCAACUGGGAAAGCAUCAGUUUCGCUUUGUUGUCACUAGUUUCCCAAUUUUGCCGGGAAAUUUCUUACUUUAAAGACCUAUCAUUUACUCCAUCCUUUAUAGUGAUGCUACAGGACGAAGAGGAAUGGAUAAAAACAUUGGUGAGCAACUCAAUAAAGCAUAUGAAGCCUUCCGGCAGGCAUGCAUGGAUAGAGAUUCUGCAGUGAAAGAAUUACAGCAAAAGACUGAGAACUAUGAGCAGAGAAUACGUGAACAACAGGAACAGCUGUCCCUUCAACAAACUAUUAUUGACAAGCUAAAAUCACAGUUACUUCUUGUGAAUUCCACUCAAGAUGGCAGUUAUGGCUGUGUUCCUCUGCUUGAAGACAGUGAAACAAGGAAGAAUAAUUUGACUGUUGAUCAGCCACAUAAUAAAGUGAUUUCAGGAAUAGCAAAGGAAAAACUACCAAAGGUAAGAAGACAAGAGGUUUCUUCUCCUAGAAAAGAAACUUCAGCAAGGAGUCUUGGCAGUCCUUUGCUCCAUGAAAGGGGUAAUAUAGAGAAGACUUUCUGGGAUCUGAAAGAAGAAUUUCAUAGAAUAUGUAUGCUAGCAAAAGCACAGAAAGACCACUUAAGCAAACUUAAUAUACCAGACACUGCAACUGAAACACAGUGCUCUGUGCCUAUACAGUGUACGGAUAAAACAGAUAAACAAGAGGCGCUGUUUAAGCCUCAGGCUAAAGAUGAUAUAAAUAGAGGUGCACCAUCCAUCACAUGUGUCACACCAAGAGGACUGUGCAGAGAUGAGGAAGACACCUCUUUUGAAUCACUUUCUAAAUUCAAUGUCAAGUUUCCACCUAUGGACAAUGACUCGACUUUCUUACAUAGCACUCCAGAGAGACCCGGCAUCCUUAGUCCUGCCACGUCUGAGGCAAUGUGCCAAGAGAAAUUUAAUACGGAGUUCAGAGACAACCCAGGGAACUUUGUUAAAACAGAAGAAACUUUAUUUGAAAUUCAGGGAAUUGACCCAAUAGCUUCAGCUAUACAAAACCUUAAAACAACUGACAAAACAAAGCCCUCAAAUCUUGUAAAUACUUGUAUCAGGACAACUCCGGAUAGAGCUGCGUGUUUGCCACCUGGAGACCAUAAUGCAUUAUAUGUAAAUACCUUCCCACUUCUGGACCCAUCUGAUGCACCUUUUCCCUCACUCGAUUCCCCGGGAAAAGCUAUCCGAGGACCACAGCAGCCCAUUUGGAAGCCCUUUCCUAAUCAAGACGGUGACUCGGUGGUACUAAGUGGCACAGACUCAGAGCUGCAUAUACCUCGAGUAUGUGAAUUCUGUCAAGCAGUUUUCCCACCAUCCAUUACAUCCAGAGGGGAUUUCCUUCGGCAUCUUAAUUCACACUUCAAUGGAGAGACUUAAGACACAUUUGAAAACAGAUAUACCAAGUUCUAUGUGAUGAUUUGGGGUUUGUAAUACUAUAAAUACUUGAUUGUAAACUAAAUUCAAGAUCAUUUAUAGGAAAAUCUAGUUUCACAGCUAUUUGAAUUGUUUUCUUGAUUUACUGUAUAACUCUUUCAUUUUUUUUAAAAGAUCAUUCUAUUCUUUCAAGGAGAAAUAAGCCUAAAAGAAGAAAAACAAAACAAAAAAAAUCUGCAGAAAACUGUAAUCCUUUGUAUUCAUGUUUACAGUGCUAUUACUAUAAUUCAAAAUUAUAUAUGUGACUUAGUUAUAUAAUCAUAAUUUAUGUUUAUUUCAGAUAUCUAAGUUUAUUGCUUGGAUUUCUAGUGAGAGCUGUUGAAUUUGGUGAUGUCAAAUGUUUCUAGGGUUUUCUUAGUUUGUUUUUAUUGAAAAAUUUAUUUAUGCUAUAGGUGAUAUUCUUUGAAUAAACCUAUAAUAGAAAAUAGCAGACAACAUAAACAUCUUUGUAAAUAUCAAACCUAAUACAUUUCUUGUCCAGUGAUAAAACAACUGGUAGAAUUAUUUAAACACUUAAGAUUUUUAAAAUAAUAUACAUGGCUUUAAUUUUACUAUGUGUAUAGCGACAUGAUGAAAUUAAAUAAAUAUUAAGAGGUACUUA